AUGGAUGAAGUUGCGGUCUGGACCACAGUGUGCAGCAAUGUGGGCAGUGCUCUGAAGGCUGUGGACGUGAAGACAGAGAACGCAACAGAGGACACCACACACCUGCAUGCCUUCUGCGUCAAAGACACGGGCGUUCCAUGUGGAGACCCCCCAUCUUUCCCAAACACUCGUCUCCAGGGGCACACUGGGUUUGAGCUCGGCGACGAGCUGCUGUACUCGUGCGUGCCGGGUCAUGUGAUGCCCAGCGGGCACAGCGUCUUCAGUCUGCUGUGCGACAGCUGUGGGGAGUGGUACGGACUGGUACAGCUCUGUGUUAAAGAUGGAACAGAACCUCACAUCGACUACGAGGACAAGUUCACAGGCGACCACCACCUCGCCUACGAAGACCUUGAGGACCUCUCCGAGGACGAGCAACUAGAGGAGGCGCAGGGGGAGGUGCAGGAGGUGGUGCAGGAGGAGGUGCAGGAGGAGGCGCAGGGGGAGGUGCAGGAGGCGGCCUACGUGACAGAAGAGGAGGAGCACAGGAGCCAGGAACAGCAGGAAGCAAGCUUCAGCGUGGAGGGAGGAGAGGACACGGAGGAGGAGGCAGGAGAGGAGGAGGCAGGAGAGGAGGAGGCAGGAGAGGAGGACGGAGGAGAGGAGACUGCAGCGCCGGAGGAAGAGGGAGAAGAGAGAGGAGGAGAGGAGAUGUCUGAGAUGCUAGGGACGGUGGCGGAUGCCGGGGUGGUGACUGAGGCGCCGGUCUCUCUGCUCUCCCAGAAACACCUGUUCUGGUUCCCCUCCGAGGCCUUCCAGGAGGCGGGACAUCCUGUGCCCACCCAGCCGCCAAUCAUACAGACCACACCCUCUGAUGGAGACAACCGUGUCAAAGCUUCAGGCAGUGAAACCGAGGAUGUAAAAGAGAAUGACAGCCAGGAAAGUCACUACAAGCAGCCAGAUGACCCCUUUGAUGACAGCCAUGAUGAACUUGAAGACCACGACAAAGAAGAUCUCAAUAGCCAUGAAGAGAUAGAUCACGGUGUCCAUGACGACCAUGAACACAUCGAUCACGAUGAUCACGAUGACGUUGUCGAUGUCGACCAUGACGAUCAUGACAAACACGACGAUCACGACGAACACUACAAGCAUAGUAAACACGACGACGACCAUGAGAAGGGCGGUCGCUAUGACGACGAUGAUGACCAAGAGAAGCACUAUGACAUGGGCGAACAUGAAGAUGACCGUGACAGUGUUCUCUAUGGCAGCCAAGGGGAACACGUUGUCCGUGAGGACGACCAUGACGACCAUGAUGACCAUGAUCACCAUGACGACCAUGACAACCAUGAUCACCAUGACAACCAUGACGACCAUGAUCACCAUGACGACCAUGACAACCAUGAUCACCAUGAUGACCAUGAUCACCAUGAUGACCAUGAUCACCAUGAUGACGUAACCGAUGAUCACUCGGAGGAACAUUCAGAGGAACAUUCAGACCAUGACAGUCACCCGGACGAUCAUGAUCACUCCGAUGACCACGAUACCAGCGAGGACCAAGAUGACCAUGACGAAGACAGUGACCACGACCGCUACGACGACCACGACGACCACGACAGUCACGAAGAUCACGACGACCACGAACACCAUGUGGCACCUCCGGUCGUCAUGCCGACGGACGACCCACAGAACGUGACCCAGGAAGGAGCAGGGAGAGAACAGACGGCCAGCACAGAGGAGUUGUGGCUGGAUGGAUAUCCGGUCGUUCCGGACGAGACGGAGAAAGUGGGUGACAGCUCCACAGAGGAGGGGCCAGGAUCAGAAGAACCGGAGGAGGAGCUUGUCGUCAAGGGGACAGACAGUCCCAAUGAGGUAGAGAUGAGCCAGCCCACCGCCGUCACCAGCUUCUCCCAGUCCCCCUCACAGGGAGCGGAGGAAGGCUGGCCUGAACUCGCCCACACCACCUCCCCUGACCAUCUCACACCCUCCGACCCCAACACGGAUGACUACACAGUGGCCCCUGGAACGGACACCUGGGAAGACGCCACCACCGAACACGUGCACCACUUCCUGGACCACGGCCUUCGACCCACGGCGCGGGAUGAUGACAUCACGGGGCUGGAGGAGGAGCGUGCUGAUGGCAACAUGACUCAAAGAGCCAGGGAGGGGGUCGAUGAUGGGGAGGUGGGGGAGGCAGCCUGUACGGACGAGGACUGUCCUCCUCCUCCUCCCCCGUCAUCGGGCCGCGGCCCCACGGUGGCGGCCAUCGUGGUGGCGGUGUGUGCGGUAGCCGUGGCAGCCGUUGCCGGGGCGUGGUGUUACCGGAGGAGACAGCAGAAGACCUCGAUGUACGAGAUGAACGGGAAGGGGCAGAGUCCAAGUGGCCAGCAGAUAGAGAUGCAGCAGAAGGUCUGAAAAAGAGAGGGGAAGAGAGAGGGAGGGGAGACCGAGAGUGGGAGACACUGAGGGGCUGCAAAGACAGUCUGGAGGAGGGCUGCUAAGGGGGGAGGGAAGGGGGGAGGCUUUUCGAAAGGGUGUGAGCUGAACAACUAUGGCCCUGUCCAAAGAUAGACGUCUCUCUGGACAAGGCCUUGGUCUGUGAAGACAACUGGGGAGUUGAGUGAAGAAGAAGAUAAGCGACUGAGCUAAAGCUAGCAGGAGCUCAUAUCUGAGAUGAGAUGGGACUUUUCCCCUAAAAGCCCUGGGACAUUGUGGUACAGAUUCAUUGGUGUUGUUACUGUGUUAUUUCUGUGUGCUCGUGUUAUUUCGACGUCACAGACUUAAAAGGUUUUUGUUAUCCUGAUCAUUUUGAUAUUGAUAAUUAGCUUCUUGUUUUCUCAUGACAAACGUGUUGAAUCCACACCUCAGGUGCGACACGCUGGGGGAACGGCCUCAAACUAACGACCCAGCACUGUCAGUCCAACAGUUUAGACAUGAUUGCAAGAGAAGAGGACAAGAUAGAUGACAGGAAAAAAGAGAAAGAGAGAGAGAAAUUCUCAUGUGGAGACUUCUUGCCUGGUAAGGUUGUCUUGUUGGUUUUGACAGAGUCUGCUGGUGAGAUUAAGAGGGGGAGUCCAGACUGCCGACUUAGCCCUGCAAGAAAGAGACAAGAAAGAGUGUGUGUGUUUGUGUGUGUCUGUGUGUGUGUGUGUGUGAUAGAGAGCGUGUGAGAGCUGAUGUUUGCGCAUGCAGAUACGGGUGAAGGAGUGUGUAUUUGUGUUACGUGUGGGUGUGUGUCUAUACGUAUGGGUGUGUGUCUGUGUGUGUGUGUAUGUAUGGGUGUGUGAAUGUGUGUCCCACUUCAGUGUGAGCUGUCGGUUCACAGCGUGACGUGUCAGGAGUCAGGAGUCCAGCGUCUGCGCCCUGCAAUGCCACAGGCACUCACUGGGACGGGAGAUCAAAGGAUAUUAAACAACCACGUCAACCUGUUAAAGUUGAGCAGGCAGACAGACAGACAGACAGACAAAUAGACAGGUAGACAGAUAGACAGACACAUGUGGAGUCAUUGCCCUUACUCGUAUUAUAAAAUGUAAUUUGUAAUUAAGUUCCCAAAUGUGUGUCAUUGAUGUCAGUGGAAACUGUCAUAUGAUACUGGAUAGUGUAUAUUGUAACCUGUUGAACUGUUUUGAACUGUUUGUUUGAAAUCCGUGAUUUUUCUUUAUUUCGAAACUAUAGAAUAUCAGAGCUGAACACUGAAAAUGUCAUUUGAAUAACUUCAACAUACAAAUAUGGAGUUCAAUAAUUGAUAAGGUAACUAUUAAAAACAACAACAAUGCUUUUUUUUCUAAGUGAGUAAGUCAGCAAUACUGUAUAAAUGCAAUAAAAAGGAAAUAUAAGAGGUUAAUGUAAACCAUAAUCACAUUACAUCUUCUUUUUCAUGUAUUUAAGUUACUGACAAGUUUUCUCCUAUAUGCUCUGUUGUAAAAAGCUUAAAUAUUCAGUGUUGAAAAGCUGUUUGUUCUUAGUCCACUGUGUUUUGGUCAGGGAUUGUUUCUGGGUUGAGAUAAGGGAGAAAGCACUGGAUCUGGAUCAAUUACUAUUUGCAAAUGUUAAAUACUUGGUGUGCACUCAGUACAACAUUAACUAAUAGAACAGUUCUUAAAAAAAGUGCAAAGUCACACAAUCAGAGUAAGUCAAAUAAAGAUUUUAUAUUUUACAAUAAAUCAUUUUGAUCCAGCCCCAGAAGGUAUUGUCCUUGUGUAAGGGGAUGUCUGUCCAUGUAAAUAAUGUAACUGCUUUAUGUGCUGUCUUUUCGGAAAGGAUGUUACAACAGGAACGGAUACCACAAACUCUUUAUCUUCAUGUCAAUACAGGGUCAGCUUAUUCAGGUACAUUAGUUUCUUACAUACACACACACAGGUAGUUUAUAACACACCCCUUGGUGAAAGCAUACGUAGAAAGCUGGUAUAGGCCUAUGUGGGAUAGGAUACUUCCGUACUUCACAGUCCACUUUGGAGGGAUAAUAUCAUUUCCAUUCUUUUCUAUUCUACUGCUCCACAUCUUAAGUUAUACAGGACCUAUUAUCAAACACAGUUGUUGCAGUCAGAAGGAUACCUGUAAAGAUGAGUUUGAAUGAGGUCAAGUUGGCCAAGACAGUGAGACUGUAGAUUAUCAAGAUUAUUUGUUAAAAAAAAUGUAGCAUUUUAUGUUUGUCACCAUGAUAUCAACAUGAAUGAUGGAGAUCAAUGAGAUUGGACUGGAAGUGUGUAUAAAAUAUGAUGUCCAUAAAAUGUUUUUUUUUGUUGCUUUUUAUGACAUCAUUGCCUUAUCAUUGUCUUGUCCUUCUUAAUCACUUUCAGAAGGUGCUUGUGUGUUGUCAAUAGGAAAUGUAAAUGGGAGAUAGUUCAUAAUAAACACAUACAUCUGUGACACUGUGUA